AUGGCGUCGGCGGCGCCCGCCGCCGCACCCGGGCGGCCCCACCCGACCUACACCAACAUGAUUACUUACGCGCUCGCCCAGCUGGGAGGCGCCUCCGCCCGCUCCGCCAUCGCCGGAUUCAUCGCCGCACGCUUCACCGGGCUCCCCGUCAGCCACGACGCGCUCCUCUCCGCCCACCUCCGCCGCCUCGUCGCCGAGGGCGUCCUCUGCACCUCCGGAUUCUCCUACUUGUUCUCUUCCCACCACCAGCCACCCGAGAGUAACAGUCCCGAUCUCGAUUCGGAUGAUCAAUCUGGUUCUGGGUUCCACUUCCACCUCCACAGUAGCAGUGACGACGACGACGACGAUGAUGAUGCCUACACUCCUCUGCUGCAUCUGCAUCUGCCUCUGCCUCUGCCUGUGCCUGUGCCUGUGCUGGGAGAGAAGCGGGGCCGGGGGCGACCGCGGAAUAGUUCCCCGGCGAAUGCUGCCGGCCGUCCUCGCAAGGCUGCUGCUGCAACGCCUGGAGAACCCUGUCCUGCUCCUGCAAAGGGAGAGCCAACAGAGCAUUCUGGUGCUGGUUUAGGGUCUGUGCUGCUGUCUGGGAAACCAAAGCGAGGCCGUGGGAGACCAAGGAAGCUACAGCGAGUUGGGCCGUCCCCCUCAACUGGUGGUGGUGGUGGUGGUGGUCGUAUCAAGAGAGGGCCUGGGAGGCCGACAAAGGAGGACCAACAAUCACAAGCAGCAGCAGCAAAGCAUCCUCCAACUCCAACUGCGUCAUCAACCAGUGGCAUCGCCAAGAUCAAGAGAGGGCCUGGGAGGCCAAGAAAGGAGGAGCAACAAUCACAGGCAGCAGCAGCAGCAGCACAGCAUCCUCCAACUCCAACUGCGUCGUCAACCGGUGGCAUCGCCAAGAUCAAGAGAGGGCCUGGGAGGCCAAGAAAGGAGGAGCAACAAUCACAAGCAGCAGCAGCACAGCAUCCUCCAACUCCAACUGCGUCGUCAACUGGUGGCAUCAUCAAGAUCAAGAGAGGGCGUGGGAGGCCGAGAAAGGAGGAGGAGCAACAAUCACAGGAAGCAACAAUGCCUCUUCCAACUCCACCGGCAUCAAGGGGGUUCAAGGUAGGAUGUGGGAGACCAAUGCUAGCUCCUACAUCUCAUCUGGAGACACACGGAGGGCCUCCCAGGAAUCGGAGGCCAAUAAUAAUAGAGAAGCUGCCACCAGCAGCAAGGUGGUCUGUUGAUGCUAUGCCGUCAGAAAUCAAGAGGCCAAGAAUCUACAGACCAUCAGCAGAAACUGGAGAUGCAACACCUGCUCCUGAAACUGUAGAUGCUGCGUCGUCCGGAAUCAAGAUAGAGGGCGUGCAGCCGCAAGUGGACAAGCCAACGGCACCAAUGCCUGCUGAAGCUGGGGAUGCUCGGUCUGCAGGGAUCAAGAGAGGGCGUGGGAGGCCAAGAAAAGACAAGCCAGCAGCAGCAGCAGCAGCAAUGUUGGCUCAAACUGAAGCUGUAGAUGCUGUGUCAACUGGGAUGAAGGGGGCGCUUGAGAAUCCAAUAUCAGGUUAUGUCGUGUCAACUGGAACCAAGGGAGCACUUGAGAAGCCAUCAUCGGCAGGUGAUAUUGUGUCGGUGGUGAUGAAGAGAGGGCGUGGGAGGCCAAGGAAAGAGCAACUGGCCUUUGAUUGA